AGAGGUAAAUUGCAGGAACCUGGUGGGUUAAAAUCAGUCUAAGCUUGAAGCUUAGCCACGAAACAACAUGAAGACCUUCCUCCUCCUUUCUCUAACAAUCCAGGUUGUUCUGUCUGAAGACGUCUCAAGCACUGGAUCUGAUGUGAGUGCCUUUACCCAAGAUGAUAUUAUGGAAUAUACAGUUGAAAAUAUUGCCUUAACUGGACUUGGAACCGGUCCAGGACAUGAAUCCAUGUCUCCAAUUGACAUGAUUGAUCAUAAGCCAACCAGAAAACCAAUGCCAAAGCCAGAUAUGGGUUGUAUGGGAGGUUUAAAUGACAUGGAUAUGGAAAGUUUUAGACUUAAAAUGGCAAUGGGAAAGAUGUGUCCUCCUUGCAAGAAUAUUCUCAAGGGACCUAAAGCUGGAUCUUAUAAACUAGAGUCUGCUAUGGAACCGGCUUGUGAUGAUGGAUGCCUCUACAGUAGGAAUGGAGUUUACUACUGUUUCGAGCAAGAGGAAUCAUCAGAAGAAAUGGAAGAUGGAUACCCAACUCAGGACUGUGGAAAAAUAAAUGACAAAAUGAUCAAAAAACUGAUGGAAAAUCUCCAGCACAAGGAAAUUGAAGAAGAGGAAGAAGAAUUGAACGUGACUUACACCACGCGCCCAACCAAGCACCCCAGACCUAAGGAUACUACUGGAGAUGGAUCUGCUCACUCUGUUCAUCACAACUCAACUGUACCACCUGUACGUUAAUGGUCUUACUUGAAUUAAUUACUACACAUUAAUUGGAGAAAUAAAAUUUGGCCAUUGAUU